AUGGCUAGUAGUUCGGCAUCAAAAAGUAUUCCGUGUGAUUCCCGGACAUCCAUCGAGGCCGAGAAUGAUUCCCAAGUAUUUAAAAGAAAGUCGGAUGACAUAGGUUGGAACUAUGGUGUUCUAGCCGAUCCAUAUAACAAAGAUAGAGUGAAAUGCGUGUUAUGUAGUAAAGUUAUGUCGGGUGGUAUACGUAGAUUGAAAGAGCAUAUUGGUCAAAUUUCUGGGAAUGUUGUUUCAUGUAAAAAAGCAACAAAAGAAGAUCAAGCUAAAUGUAGAAAUGCCAUCAAUGAGUCCAAAGCCAAGAAGAUGAAGACAAAAGAAGUUCAAGAAGAGUUGCUAUCUUCGGUUAACAUUAAAGGGUUGAAUGUUGAGUCCUCUCAACAAUGCGAAAAAGCAAAAGAAUUUCACUCUCUUGGCCCAAUGGAUAGAUUUGCUACAACAAUCAACCCAGAAGCAUCAUUGAACGUGACAAAGACGAUGCGGGAACAAAACAUUAAUGAUGCUAUUUGGAAAGAACGAUCCAACUUGGUGAAAGAUUAUUUCGUCGAUUGGGCUUAUGAAGCGGGCAUAUCAUUCAAUGCAAAUGAGCUUGAUAGCUUUCGGCUCUUUAGUGAAGCGCUCGGUCAAUUUGGGCCGAGGUGGAAGCCUCCUAGUUCGUACGAGAUGAGAGAGCCAUUGUUGAAGAAAGCGGUUGAGAGAACAAAACUCAAGGUGAAGCCUCAUGAAGAUGAAUGGAAGAAGAGUGGUUGCUCGAUUAUGACGGAUGCUUGGAGUGAUAGAAAGAGAAGAAGCAUCAUGAAUUUGUGUGUGAAUUCUAAAAUUGGAACGAUAUUUCUAUCUUCCAAGGAAUCUUCCGAUAUAUCUCACACAAGUGAAAUGAUUUUUGAGUAUGUGGAUCAAUGCAUUGAGCAAGUUGGGCCGGAGAAUGUUGUUCAAGUUGUGACGGACAAUGCUUCAAAUAAUAUGGGAGCGGCGAAGUUAUUGUGCAUAAAGAGGCCAACUAUCUUUUGGACUUCAUGUGCCGCACAUACCCUCAAUCUUAUCUUGGAGGGCAUUGCAAAACUACCCCGUGUCUUGAACAAUCUUGCCAAGAACUAUGAUCCCACCUUAGAAAUCAUUGACACGAAGAUGAUGGGUAGAUUGGACACCCCGUUGCACUUGAUGGCAUAUCUACUAAAUCCUUAUUAUCAUUAUGAGGACCCGAAUCUCGUAUUAGAUCAAGUUGUUUCGGAUGGAGUUUUUGAUUGUCUUGAUGUCAUUUGUCAUGAUAACUUUGAUUUGAUGGAUAAAAUCAUAAACGUUGAGUUGCCCAUUUAUAAGACAAAAGGAGGAGCCUUUGGGAAGCCAAUUGCCGCAAAAGGUUGUGAAGUAAACGACGAGAAGUUUGAUCCGGUUUAUGUCCAAUUCAAUUCUCGUUUAUUGAACAAGCGCAAACGGAGGAAAGAAAAGGAUGUGUUACUUGCUAGUAAGGCAAGUAAAGCUCAAGAGUGGAUUAUUCCGGGAUUAGUAGACGAGGAAGAUGAGGACGUUAAUGGACUUGAAGUUGAGGAUGGCACACCAAGAGUGAGAGAGCUUGAGGAAGAAGAUUUUGAAUCCGAGGAGGAGGAACAAGUUAAUGAGAAUGACAUCGACUUUGAGUCGGAUGAAUAG